AUGAUAAUAGUUUUAAAUCAUUUUACUUUAUCUCCAGUUGGCUCGGGAUCGGCAGGAGCAGUGUUGGCUAACCGUCUGUCAGCAGAUCCUAACACUAAAGUGUUAGUUCUAGAAGCUGGUGGUGACGAUCAGCAAUCAGAUGGGCACAUGUUAAAAGUUCCAAUGGCAUGGCCGAUGCUUGUUGGUACGCAAUAUGAUUGGAAAUACCCAAUGAAGAGACAGAAGCACGCUACGAGAUCCAUAGUAAACCAGGCAUUUCCUAUGGCUACUGGAAAAGUUUUGGGUGGAAGCAGUCAAACCAACGCCAAUGUGUAUGUACGUGGUAAUCGAAAGGAUUAUAAUGGAUGGGCACAGGGUGGUUGUGAGGGUUGGAGCUAUGCAGAGGUUCUACCUUACUUUAUGAGAUCUGAGCACAAAACGGAUACAUCACACGUAGAUAAAGAAUACCACAACACAACUGGAUCUUUAAUGGUCUCAGAAUCGCAAGAUGACGAGUUUAUCAAGUUUGUUCUGAGAUUAGGAAAAGAAAUGGGUUUACCAGAAACGGAUUAUAAUGGAAAAUCCCAAGAAGGUUUUUCGAGGGUCCAAUCAACUAUUAACAAUGGAGAGAGAUUCAGUACUGCUGCAGCGUUUCUAUGGCCUGCUAUAACCAGACCUAACCUCCACGUUCUUACUCACGCUCUGGUUACAAAGGUGAGAGUAAUACUAAGGAAGCAUAAAGCAGUUGGAGUUGAAUUUCAUCAUAAUGGUGAACUUAAAGAGGUUUAUGUUAAGAAAGAAGUCAUAUUGUCGGCAGGAGCUAUUGGUUCACCUAAAAUUCUACUUCUGUCCGGUAUUGGCCCUAAAGAUCAUCUUAAAACACAUGGGAUUAACCUUGUUAAAGAUUUACCAGUUGGAAACAAUCUUCACGACCAUAUGAGUCUGUAUGUACCAUUUAGAUCUAAGAAAGUAUUUAACACCAUGGACAAAGUGAAAUCUGUUUUAACUUUAUUACAAUAUAUUACCAUGAAAACUGGCAAAUUGAGUGAAUGUUUACAAGGAAUUGGUUUUCUAUCUACCAAGACGAGUGAACCAGAUUAUCCUGAUGUCCAGUUUCAUAUAUCAAAUUUUGUGGUUGACGAAGUUGCAUUAAACUUUACAAAUGAGGUAACCAAUUUUGCAGAGUAUUUUAACCAGAUGACCCAAAAAGAUAAAGUCGGAUUUACGUUUUGGGCUGUAUUAGCGCGACCCAAGAGUAGAGGAACCCUUCGUUUAAACAGCAGUGAUGUCAUGGACUAUCCAAUAAUAGAUCCCAAUUAUUUAUCAAAUAAGCUCGAUGUGGAGACUUAUAUUAGAGGCAUAAGAUUCCUUCAAAAAAUACCCAAAACAGAGGCAGGGAAAGAAAUUGGAGCUGAACUGAUACUUCGACCUUUACCAAUGUGUACCAAAGAUAAUACAUAUGAUACCGACGAUUAUUGGGAAUGUUUUCUAAGACAUUUCGCAUACACAGUUUACCAUCCAGUAGGAACAUGUAAAAUGGGCAGUAAAACUGAUACUACGGCGGUUGUGGACCCACAGCUUCGUGUGAAAGGUAUAGAGGGAUUACGUGUAGUGGAUGCUUCCAUCAUACCCAAUAUAACCACUGGUAAUACACAUGCUCCAACUGUCAUGAUUGGUGAAAAAGCUGCUGACAUGAUAUUGGGAUUGAAACCUCCUACACCCCUUGUACAUUUAUAA